AUGUCCCAAACAGAUAGACUGUCACCCGAUGAUGCUAGGUUUGUGGAAGCCAUCCAAACAUUUACCCAACAGCGUAUGGGACUCUGCGUGGGCAUCAAGCAACCCGUUGCUCACUUUGACUUCCUCCCGGGGUGCCAUCUGCAUGCGCAAAACAUUUGUGCCCACAUAUCGCAGUAUGGGAUUAUGGGAUUUGAGUGGACAGUAAAGUGUGUUCAUGGGCUCCAUCUCUUCAUUGACUCCCUGUUGAACAACAUAUUUUUUGAAACGAUCCAGUUUAUCAACCAGAUUGAUGAGAUUGAUCCUUCCCUCACAGUCUCUCUGGCAGGGACACUGGGAGAAAGUGAAAAUUUACCAAGUAUACAAUAA